AUGGAGGAGCACUUGUUCGAAAGGAACCCAGCGCUGCGAAUUAUCAUAUGUCGUCAGUGCAAGUAUGGCGUACGCCCAGCAGAGAUCCAACAGCAUUUAAAGCGCCAGCAUCAAUCCACAUACGCGGCCGCUUGCCAGGCGGCCAACGUGGUACAGCAAUGGGAGGAUAUUGAGCAGGAUAGCAAGGCGAUUCAGAUCCCACGCCAGCUGCGAACCCCGCUGCCCAUCAUCCCAUGCCACACAGGAGGAUUAUUAUGCCAGCGGGAUUACCCACAGUGCCAGUACCUAGCAUGUCAUAUGGACGCCAUGCGCAAGCACUGGCGGACCACCCACCAAUGGUCCCAGCAGAGCCGCCGGGGCCGUGUGGGUCAGCGGGAGAAGACCCACGGGGAGGCAGAGCUAGCGCGCUCAUUCACGCGCGUGGCAUGGCAGCAGGUGUUCCCCACGCGCAAGGGGUCGCAUUACAUCCAUAUCCAAUACCCAGAUGGCCGCCAGAGCCCGCCACCACCCGCAGAGCAGGCCCAGCAGGCCGUGGAUGCCAUGGUCAUCGCAUGGGAGCGGGCGCGCGCGCGCGAGGCAGAGCAGGCCACCAUCCAGGCAGACGAGGCGGCUGAUGCCAACCCAUGGCUGCGCAUGACGGGCUGGGCAAGGUAUUUGGACGGGGUGCACCCGCAGGAUUUGCGCCAGCUAGUGGAGGCCCCAAUAGAGGAGGAGGUAGUUAAGAAGGAUCCCAAGGUAGAUCCCGUAGAGCAGGGCAUUCGGGUGAUUUGGGACGCCAUGGACCAGCUAGCGCGGCGUAGCCAGCGGACCGUGCAGCAGUGCGGCGCGGGCAUCCGCGUGGAGGCGGCCCGUACGGAGGCCGGCCAGACGCCAUACAAGCCAUUGCAGGCGUACAUGGACGAGGCGAGCAUCGAGAAGCACGUGCAGCCAUGGCAGCAGGUGCUGGCAUUCAUCGCGCGCACGCAGGCCGCGCAGGCGAGCCCAAGCCAGGAUAGGGAUGAAGAUGGUGAUGAUGGCCGUGGUAGUGGCAGUGGCAGUGGCCGUGGCCGUGGCCGCGGCCAGUGGCUGGGGAGGUUGCCCGCGUAUGGGAUGACCCCGCGGCAGCGCUAG